AAGCAACGAUACAGUGCGGCAAAGAUGAUGACGACGACGGGUGGUAGUCGUAGAGGGCUAGGGAGUAUGAGAGGAGGGAAAUGGGAGCAGCCUGGCUGGCGGAUAGAGCAGAGAUUUUGUCAGGGAGUUCUGAUUGGCAACUGGUCUGAAGACAGACUGGGGAAGUUUCCAAAGGGAAAUGAGUUUGGCAACAGCACAAGUCGCGAGGCAUUUCUUAAGUAUCCACAUUCAGUAUACAUCCCAGACAGUGGCACUCGUCGAAAAGGAGUCCUCAGAAAUUAUGGCCUGGGACAGACACACAUCUUUGGUCACCAUGGCAAUGCCUACAUGCACAACAACAUUUCCACCUAUGACCAGCACUUCAGUAGAUGUCACUCCACUGGACAACAGAGAGAGUGGGACAAACAUUGGCUGUCAUGGUUACCUGAGGCUUCAGACCAUCCCACCACUGGUCUGCCAAAACGAUAUGGUCUGAAGGAAGCCAUUGAGGAAAAGUGGCGCAGAAUUCGUGAGAUUGAAACUCACGGAGACUACCACUCCACCUACUCCACCACCUUCCGACCUCCUGCUGCCUCCUCGGAGGACAAAGGUCGUCGCUAUGCCACCCCAAGGCAUCUUUCCUCCCACCUACACCCUCACCGUGGGAACGCUCACCUGUCGCUCAGGGGUGUGUCCCAUCUACAAGCCCCUGAAACAGUGGACACAAGGCUUCUGAAUGCCACUGUCUAAAAACAUGUCUACUCUUUUCAUUAAUCAUUGCCACGCAUGCGAGCAGCAAAUACCUUUUGACGUCUGUCGCUGCUCUUAUGGAAAAUAAUAAUGAGGGUAUCACAGAGAUU